AUGAAGCUUAUCCAGGUUGUGAGCCCAACUACCGACGACGACAUCAAGGCGGAACUUAUCGUCUUCCGCGGCGACUUCAACAUCUUCAAGGUUCGCAUCCACGCCAAGCUGCGCAGCAAGAACGUAUGGACUAUUGUUGGCGACGAGAAACGUACCGACGACUACGCCGCCGAAUUCGACCCCAUGGAAGGCAAGGCGUUUGAUUUGCUCGUGAAUUCGCUCGACAACCUGUCGUUUGUGUCUCACGUGUUGACAUCGGCCGAAGUUUGA